AUGUCGAAUCAAAAUUACAAACAACCUUUGGAUGACUGGGAGGCAUACCGGGACGCGUUAUUCAAUUUAUAUGACCCUGUGUGGUUCCAGGACCAGUAUCAAGUUAGUUCGCCUUCAAGUACUGUCCAUUGGUGGGAGAUCUCAGAAUAUCUUUCGACAAACACUGGUAGAAUCGCAGAAGGAUACAUCCGAGGCGCGCUUCCACUUCACCUCAUACAGAUCAGCAGCAUGCAGCUCAUCGAUCAAGGUCAACUAUUACAUGUAGCGUUGGGUGAAAUAAGAAGAUUUGUUAUCACCAAGCUAAGCAACUGGGCCGCAAUCGCUGAAUAUGACUGGUCGAAGAAGGGGUUCCAGAAAACGUGCAAGAACGUGAUCGCGGAUGCUGCGACGGACAGCACAAAGUAUGCUAUCCUCUCUCAUAGGUGGGGACCAGGCGAGUUGAAUAUCGAGGACGUACGGGAAUUGUCGAAAGUCAACGCGGAGGCUGUCGCCAUGCUCAUGAGGAUGCCACCCACGAACCACGGGCCAGGCUCUCACAAGUUCAAGUUGCUGUCCACUCUAAUCAACGCAAGCGCUGGAAACAGGAAUACUACAGCGGUACAUAUGGCACCAAACCACGUUAAUUCCAGACCCGAAAUCAUUUACGCUCUAAAACACUUCAUCGACUCUCAGGCGUGUCUGACAAUGGGCGGUCCACAGGACGCUGGCCUUCUGAAGCUGAUCAAUUUUUGCUUCGUGGCAUACAACAUGCAUGGAUAUAGAUAUGCCUGGAUUGACACCUGCUGCAUCGACAAGCGAAGCAGCGCGGAACUCGACGAGUCGAUUCGGUCUAUGUUCAAUUGGUAUCGCAGCUCGAGCAUUUGUAUCGUUCACCUUGGGAAUAGCAGACGUCCUAUCAGACCUACUGCCUUUCGAGAUCGACCUUUUGCGGAGAUUUUCAACGAUCCAUGGUUCACUAGAGGAUGGACCCUCCAAGAGCUACUGGCUCCCACCGUGGUCAAGUUCUACUAUGAUGCAUGGAUUUCAAUUACCACUAAUCCAAAUGACAAAAUCCAGCAGGCAUUUACUCCGUGCCCUACCACGCAGAAUGCACUGAUAGAACAAGUCUCCUACAUAACAUCCAUCCCUCUUCUCGAAAUCAUACAUUUUGUACCCGGGAUGCAGAACGUCCGCGAUAGGCUGAGGUGGGCAUCUACACGGGAGACGACACGCGAGGAGGACAAGGCGUACUGUCUUCUCGGGCUGUUGGACGUCAACAUGCCGAUCACAUACGGGGAAGGGGAAAAGGCAUUCCACCGUCUGCAAGCGUCAAUCAUGGAAGAGUCUGGAGACCGCAGCUUGUUCAUCUGGGACGGCAUUCCAUCGUCCAAGUCUUCGAUGCUUGCGCGGGGUCCCGAGUGCUACGCCUGUUCGAACGACGUUAUAGAGGCAAACUUCCUGUAUCCAGAGGAAAUUGUCGAUGUCAUCCAUGAUUCUCUCGUCGAGCCUAUAUAUAUGCUCACCAACUAUGGGUUGAAGAUUUCAGUAUCCCUUUACACCGAAGAGUUUACAAAAGAGUGGUUAUUUGGACCCUCGGUGCCUUACUCCCGUCCGGAGGUUUCCCCGGACUCCCCUCACACCUUCCGAUUGGCCGUUUUAGCAUACAGCACAAUUAUGGAUUUUGACGGGCGCAAGGCUCCUGGUCUUUCAUAUAUGCCUAUAGUCAUGCUUCUCAUUGAGGAGAGAGAGUUGAAUCAUCACUAUUAUCGCAAAUAUCCUUGGAAGCCAUCAGCACUUCCGAUCAGGGAACCACCAGGCUUUCCUACAUCGAUUUUCAUUAGAUAG